AUGGCUCAAAGAACAGAAAAUGAAGAAACUGAAUUCAAAGUACCUGAAACGAUUUCUCUUUGCAUCAACAACUGCGGCGUAAUCGGUAAUCCUUCGACCAAUAAUAUGUGUCAAAAUUGCUUCACCGCUUCAACCGCAACCACUUCUUCUACCGGCGGGAUCGGAAUAACCGGAGUCAUGCCUCAAUCUUCCAGAUCUGUUCGAUCUCCGAAGAGAUCUCUACCGGAGGAAUCAUCAUCGGUUGUUACAGAUCGGAGUUCGUCGGAUCAACCGAUGGUUUCCGAGGCGAAGCGUGUUGUUAGCCGAUGCUCCGGUUGCCGGAGGAAGGUAGGGUUGACCGGAUUCCGAUGUAGAUGCGGUGAUCUUUUCUGCUCCGAACAUCGUUACUCCGAUCGUCAUGAUUGCAGCUAUGAUUAUAAAAGUGCUGGAAGAGAAGCUAUUGCGAGGGAGAAUCCAGUUAUCAGAGCAGCGAAAAUCGUUAAGGUUUGA